AUGUGUGAUAACACUCUUCCGUCAAUGUUAUUUAAUGGCUUGAAAUCGACUUUGAGUUUGAUGAGUAGUGAGUCUGAGUCAUCUUUUGGAUUACCAAUGGACACAAUACGAGUGACCGGGAUUGCUGUACAUGUUGCCUUGAUUUGGUGGCUAUUGUUGUCAUUGAGAGGAGAAGCCAUGUGGGCUAACUGUCCAACUGGCAAAAUGCAAGGCCAAAAUGAAGAAAAAUCAGAAGGAGGAGUUACUAAUAUACAAGAAGAAGAAAUUACUUAUGAUGUGAAGAAGAAGAAAAGAAAGAUUGAAAAAGAAGAAGAUGGUGAGGAUGUCCAAGUAGUAGAAGCUAAUGAGCAAGAUAAACUAGUUAAGAGGCAACCUUAUCAAAGAGUACCUCCUACUCAAUUCAUGAAGGAUGUGUUGAUAAAUCUUUCGGAAAAACAAAAGCAAGCUAUUCGGAACAUUGGUUUUGGAGGCUUUUUGGAAUUGGAUUUACCAAUCCAUAUUAAUUCUACGUUGACAGAAAACUUGGUUACGAAUUUUGACACGGAGAGAUGUUGUUUGAUGUUACCAAAGACAAAACAAGAAAUCUUUUUGGAGGCAAUUGAUGUUCAUUUGGCUUAUGGGUUGCCAUUGGGAGGCAAAAGGAUUGAGCAACCAAAUGAUGAGUCAAAUCUGAAAUGGAGCAAGUUUCUAAAAGCUUGGAGAAGCAAGUUUGGCCUCAAAAAAGGAAGUCCAACCAACAAGAGAUUGAUUGACAGAAUUCAAGAAUUGAAGAAGGAAAAAUCAGUUUCUGAUGAAUUUCUUUGGAACUUUGUGGUAUGUGUUGUCAAUUGUUGCAUUCGAUCAACAAACAACCCACAACUAUACAUUAAAUUCUUGUAUAGUUGUAUGGAUGUAAAAAAAAUUGCUGAAUUGGAUUGGUGCACAUUUGUGAUUGAGCACUUGAAAGAUUCUGUAAGUGUAUGGAAGAAGGGAAAUUCUUACUUUACAGGUCCUUUACCUUUUCUAAUGGUAUUCUAUUUUGAUCGUCUACAAAGAGGAGGGUUAGAAAAACCAAGAAAAUGUCCACUAAUUUCGGUGUGGACAAAGGAAAGGAUUCAAGUGAGAUAUAAGUUUGAAAAAGAUCAUGGAUUUGGAUAUGGAAAACUCUUGGAAAGAAUGGAAUCAAUUGUGGGCUUUUUGAGCAAAUUUGGAGAUUUGGCAAAAACACUUGCCUCGAAUGUUAAAGAGAUGUAUGGCAUGUUAGAACAAGCAAAAGAUCUUUUUGUUGAGGAAGAAACAACAGGAAAAAUGCAACAUCUCAUAGACAACAUAUGGUGCAAGUACACAACAAAGACAUUCGUGAACCAAGAAGAAAAGAAAAGCCCUUCUAUACUCAGCCAAGAUCAACAUGUCUUCGAUGAACCGGCAUUUAUUGAAGAAUUGGAUAUGGUUAUGGAUAAGGCAUGGAAGAAAUUCGAGGAAACAAGGUCACCAAAGUCACCGACAGUUGAUUUGGGAUCAAAAGAAGAAGAAAAAGAGCAGUACAGAAAAGAGAGAAACGAGGAGGAAAAAAUUGAGAAGAAAGAGAAAAGGAAUGAGGAGUCACCAAAAACCCCAAUUCCUCCAAAAAAGAAGCAACCUUUUGAUAUAACUCCUCCAAGUUUCAAGUUAUUGACCCCCUCACCAGCAGUUGUUAUUUCUAAUGUUCUAAAUUUUUUCCAACUAUUUCUAUGUUGUGUCCUUAUUGUUUCUACUUAUGGUUUGAUGUCCCAGAAAAUCAAGAAGAUAAUGAAGCAGAACUCACUUACGAAGAAGUGA